UUUCAGAAUGGCUUCCUAUCUCCCUUCCGAAUGGCAAGAUGACUUGAAAAUGAAUGGGUUAAUGUCUGUGAUGAAAGAACGCCAUGUAAAUAAAGUAGACUACGACAGAAAACUUCGUUUCUGGACAGACGCUAUCUACGGAAGCUGCAUUGGAGAGAAAAAUGCUACAUUUAAUCUGCUGGAACUGAAAAAGAGAUUCAGACGAAAUGAUCGUGUUCCGGCCAGUCUAGAUGUUAUUCUGGAUCAUUUAAAAAAAAAAGGUGAUGUUAUCACUAUCGGUGAAUGGAGAGAUCGUCACUCCAGUUGGGUCGGAUGGGGAUUUUCAAAAACAAAAGGAUGGAUGUUCGGAGCAUCUUCUGAUUCAGAACAGCUACUUCAUUUACCGACAAUCAAAAAACUUGGCCAGGAAAUUCUCGACAUUUAUAACGAAGAAUUACGAUCUGAAAUUGACUGCACAGGAGAAGUUGUCACCUACAAUGAAAUGUUCGAUAGGGCGAGCAACAUAAUUUCAAAAAUUGAAACAUUCGACAUUGUUCUCGAGCAUCUCAAUGAUAUUGGAGAAUUAACCGUUGGGACAACUAGAAAUGGAGAGAAAGUGCUCAAGUUCAAAGAUAAUGGUAGUGAGGAUCCUGUAAAAUUCACUGAAGCAGACGCCAGUGUCGUUGAUAUCCGGAAAGCAAUGAAUAAGUUGGAUCGAGAGAUUCAACAACUUGAACAGAAAGUUAAGAAGUAUGACGAACAGUGCCGAGCUUGCUUGCGGACAGGCGACAAAGGACGUGCUCAGAACUUCCUUCGACAGAGAAAGCGUGCCGAAAAAGACAUCGCUGACAAAGAUGUUCAGUAUCAGAAACUGCUCACAAUGCUUCAUCAAAUUUCUUCUGCAAAAAACAACAAGGACGUUCUGCAGGCCUAUAAAUCUGGAACUGCUGCUUUCAAAGCAACAUUGGCGAGGCAAGGAUUGUCUCCUGAUAAAAUACACGAGACGAUGGACGAUGUCGUUAAUUCAAUGGACGAGUACAAGGAAAUCGAAGAAGCAAUUUCGUCUCCGUUUGUUAAUGCUAAUGGAUUUAAUGAUGCCGACUUAGAGCAGGAGUUGGAAGAUCUUAUCAGUGACAACAAGAAAAAUGAGUCAGUGCAUCUCCCAGAAGCUCCAACCAACAGAUUCGGACUUUUCGACAAAGAAGUAACGCCAGAAGAGGAUCAAUUGGAAAAACGCCUAGCUAGACUCAGACAAGCUAUUUGAUUCCUUCCAUAUUAUAAAUAUUUUGCUCUUUUUCAUACUUUGAAAAUAAAAACGUUUUUC